AUGUCAUCUACUUAUUCAGCAUAUAAAACAAGUGGGAAACCAUUAUCAGUUGAAGCUCAAUAUCAUCAAAAAUUAAAACAAGGUGUAUUUAAAUCUCCAAGUGGUACUAUUGUCGGUGUAAAUUCAAAUGCUUCAGAUACUGCAGCUUUACUUGCUGCUUCAUCAGAUUUAACUGUUAAACCAUCAUACGAACGUUCAGUUGCACCAGAAGCUCAAACUGCUGCAUUAGCAGCUAGACGAGACAGUAAAUCAAAUACUUUAGCUUCAACUACUUCCUCAGAUAUUCCAUCAACUACUAUUCGUGUUGGAAUUCCAUCUUUAAAUUCAAAUUCAAUUUAUACGGCAGCUCAUAAAAACUCAGCUUCAUCAAUGAAAUUAAGAACUGAUCCAGGUAAAGAUAAUAGAAGUGGUCUUCAAUCAAAACAAGCGCCAGGCGGUUCUUUGAACAUUGAUAAAAUUAAUAAAUUAGCUACUAAAAACUCUUCCAAAUCAUUAACAUCAAGAUUUAAUCCUGAUUUAGAUUAUAGAUCUGGUUUAAAAAAGCAAAAACCCACUGAAUUUUUAGAUCAAGAAGAAGAAGAUUUAGCCGCAUCAGGUGCAGCUGCAUCGUUAAAACAUGGCGGACCAGAUUUUUAUUCAAAUCAAACAAGAUCAAAUACUUUUAAAGCUGGAGAUAUAGUUAAUUCAACAUUAUUAGCUGCAGCAAAUACAAAAGCAAAUGAAAAAUUAAAUUCUUUAAAGUCUACUACUCCAAAAUCAUUAAAAGAACAAGCUCAAUUAUAUGCUAAUGCUUUAGCUAUUGCUCAAAAGAAUUCAGAUGAAAGAUUGAAAACUCAUCAAUCAGGUUUAAUCAAUUUAGGUGGUGGUUUGACUAUUACUCAAGCAGAAUUGGAUAAAUUAGCACUGUCAUAUGUUCAUCCAAUCUUGGAUGAUAUUGAAGGUAAAGCUGAAUCUAAAAGAAGAGUGGAUUUAGAAAAGAAACAAAAACAAUUGGAAUUGCAACAAUUGCAUGAAAAAGCUAAACAAGAAGAACAAGAAGCAAAAUUAAAAGAAAAACAAGAUAUUGAAGCAGCCAAACAAAAACGUUUAACCGAUAAUGAACAAAAGAAGAAAGAUGAAGAUGAUAAAUUUACUGAACAUCAAAAAGUUAGAAAUGAAGAAGUUGAUCAAAAAAAUCAAGAAUUGAAAGAUUUGGAAGCUAAACAUAAUGAAGAAAAAGAUGCAUUAUUAAAAGAAAAGGAAGAAAAUCAAAAACAAAUUGAUGAAGAAGAAGCUGAAAAGAUUGCCGAAAGAAAAAAAGAAUUGGAUGAUUUACAAGCUGAAAAAGAUGAAGAAUUAAAACCUACUUUGGAUGAAUUAUCAGAAGAAAAUGCUAAAUUGAAAGAAGUUACCGAUGCAAGAGAUGAAUUAGCAAACGAAGUUAAAGCUUCUGAAGACACCAAUAAGGAGUAUGAAGAUAAAUUAACUGGGUUAAGAUCAAAAUUGGAAGAAACUAAAGGAGAUAUUGAAAAAUAUACAGCAGAUCUUGAAGAAUCAAAGACUAAACAUGAAUCUACAGACAAAGAAUUGGCUGAUUUACAAAUUAAACAUGAUAAUGAAAAAUCAAAUGCUGAAUUAGAAUCAAAAGAUUUGGAUUCAAAAUUAGAAGAUUUGUCAAAACAAAAAGAAGAUCAUACUAAAUCAAAAGCUGAUAAGAAAAAACAAAUUUUAUCAGGAUUAGAUGAUAAAGUUAAAGAUGAACAUAAAAUUAAUCAAGAAUUACCAGAACAUUUAAGAUCUGAUGUUGAUGAUAAGAAAAUCAAAGAUACUAGUUCAAUUUUCACAAUUGAAAAAUCUGAAGUUGCCAAAAAACCAUUACAUGAAGUGGCUGAAAAAGAAACAGAAAAACCAAAACCUAAAAAGGCUGAUUUAGCAUCUCCAACUCCAGUUAAAAAGCAAGUUGAAUCUUCAAAACCAAAAGCUACCACUGCUACUGCAGCUAGUGGUUCUACAAAAAGACCAGUUACUCCUUCAGCUGCACAAUCACCAACUAAAAAGAAGUCUUUUGGAAAAAGAUUGAGUUCAUUUUUUAAAUCUUCAUCUUCUCAACCAAGUCAAGCAACAACUAAACCAAAGACUGCUCCUGCAGCAAAAACUACCACUGCAACAAAACCUAAAGAAACAAUUGCUAAUAAAUCAUCAACAGCUAAAACACCUGAAAAGCCAACUAAACAAACAUCAACAACCACAGCUAAACAACCUGCAGCUAAAGAUGCUGAAAAGGAAGCUAAAAAGGUGAAAAAAGCUGAUGGAGCUGAUUAUGACAUUGAUGAUGAAAUAUCAUUAAAUAAGAAAAAUCAAGGUGGUGUUUUUAAGGAAGAAAUUUAA